ACACACUGGCAGAGCCCUAGCUGCCGCAAAGCCCCGUCCUCCAGGGCUUCUUAAACACCGUGUUUGCUUCACGCUCCAACAAUAUCCUCCAAUUGAGAAGCCGCAGCGCAGGACGCACUGAACCGACGGUCAUUACCGAGGCGCAGAAGAGCACAAACCUCUGAUUUAGGACAGAAAACAAGGACUGCAUCCUAGAACUGUAAGCCGAAAAAAAAAAAGAAGAAGAAGAACAACCGAGACUAGGUUGCGGGUCAACGACUUUAACCCGUCGUGCGCCGCAGCGGUGGAGAGGUUUUACGCACAGGCGAAAAAAACGUCUCGGUGAAAUGUGAGCGGAGCCCGGGUCAUCGACCGUUCCCCGGGUCUUUUGGAUGUGUUUGGGGCUGCGGCUGCUCGCUCGGUACGGCUGCGUUGAUGCAGAAGCAACAGCAGAAGAGAAGAAGAGGCUGUGGUGGUCAAAUCCAACAGCGGAUCCGGGAAGACAAUAGGUGAAAUACGCGCCGGCCUGGACUCCAUAGACUGCACUAAAGCCCAGUCUGCGUCUGCGUCUGCAUCAGUGGUGACCUUGUGAGGAAUCGGGUUAGACGGUACAGUGACAACCUGCAGAAACUGUAGCUGCUGAGGAUGGCAGCCGUAGUGAACUACUCCCCGCCUUGGUGGGUGAAACUGCUCCACCGCUUGCCCCAUUUCAACAUGGAAUUCCAGGUGGUGAGCAGCGACUUCAGGCCGAAGGACUCUGAAUACCAGAAGUCCAUUUUGCUGCUGGGCGCUGUGGCGUUGGUGUGUUUGGCCCUGGAUCUCCUCUUCCUCCUCUUCUACUCAUUCUGGCUGUGCUGCAGGCGGCGUAAGAGUGAUGACUCCUCACACUCCCAUACACACUCUCAGCAUACGAGCGCCGACUGCUGCUGCACCGCCUGGUGUGUCAUCAUCGCCACGCUGGUCUGCAGCGCUGGCAUCGCUGUAGGAUUUUAUGGAAACGGGGAGUCUAGUGAUGGAGCCAACCGCUUGGCGUAUUCCCUCCGUCACGCCAACCGCACAGUGUCUGGAGUGGAGAAACUGGUGACAGGCAGUGCCUUCGCCUUAAACCAGACUGUGGAGGAGAACCUGGUCCAGUUGGAGAAGGCCUACAAGGACCAGACAGACUACGUGUCCAUCGUGCAGAAGCUGCAGGGACAGCUGGACGAGCUGGUGAGGCUGAUGGUGGACAUUCCCUUCUGGAACAACACUGACAUCUCCCUGGAGGACUUGGCCCGCAAGACAGAGGCCUUUGACUUUUACAGGUGGUUGGGGUACCUUGGCCUGCUGCUGUUUGAUGUUCUUAUUUGUCUUCUGGUGCUCUUUGGCCUGAUACGUAACUCUAGAGGCACUCUGAUCGGCGUGUGUCUGUUGGGGGUUCUGACUCUGAUCAUCAGCUGGGGGUCUCUCGGAUUGGAGCUGGCUGUCGCUGCUUCAGCCAGCGACUUCUGCGUUUCUCCGGAUACCUACAUCACCAGGGUAACCAGGGAAAAGGCCGUCAUCGACCAAGAUAUUCUGCAAUAUUACCUGAGAUGCAGCUCUGGACCAAACAACCCCUUCCAGCAGAGGCUGUCAGGGAGCCACAAAGCCUUGGUGGAGAUGCAGGAUGAUGUGGCAGAGCUACUGAGAUCAGCAACACGUGACGAACCCAACACCAAGGGGAGUCUCGAGCAAAUCCAGUAUGUGCUGAAUUCCACUGAGGUUGGACUUCACCAGCUCACGGCUCUAGUUGACUGUCGCAGCCUACACAUGGACUACGUUCAGGCUCUGACGGGUCUGUGUUAUGACGGAGUGGAAGGUCUCAUCUACCUGGUUCUCUUCUCCUUUGUCACUGCCUUGAUGUUCUCCUCCAUUGUAUGCAGUGUUCCACAUACCUGGCCUGGCAAGAGGACGGAUGAGGAAGACGGAGAGGACGAGUCGGGUGCCUCAAGGGGCGGCGUGCACGAUAACCUGUACCGCGUUCACAUGCCCAGUCUCUACAGCUGUGGCUCCAGCUACGGUAGUGAAGCUAGCCUGCCCGCUACAGCCCACACUGUCAGCAAUGCCCCCGUCACUGAAUACAUGAGCCAGAACGCAAACUUUCAGAACCCUCGGUGUGAGAACACCCCCCUGAUUGGCAGGGAGUCCCCUCCACCCUCUUACACCUCCAGUAUGAGAGCGAAGUACCUGGCCACCAACCGACCGGAACAGAACCGACGCUCCGUUCCCAACGACCAACUGGACCCAGCUAGCCGACCUCAUCCCACUGCCCGCCCACAGUCCUCAGUCCACUAGAGACCAGGGUCCUGCUCCUCAGUACUGCCCAAAUCCAGUUCUCACAGCCAACAAGACCCAGUUCAGACGUCACCACUUCACCAAAAACAGGCCACAACUCAUCAACCAAACACCUCAGAAACGGACUGCACUUCUCUGAUCUCCAUCUUGUCCAGAACGAUCCAGAAACUGACGCUCCUCCUGCAAAACCACAACUUCUUCUCCGUGAACACACACCCACGCUGUGAUGGAUCGGCUCACAUUACCCACAAUGCACAAUAACUAAAGCGCCUUGGUUCCCUCGACACAGUUUCCUCCUCUACUCGUCAGAUCUAUCCUCCUCCUCGUCCUCCUCCACUGGGAUCUAUACACUGCCCUCUAGUGGAGACUCCACCCAGCUACACCACACUGACAUUCAGAUAUACACACACACAGACUCACAACACACACACACACACACAUCCACACACACUGUACAGAGCUGUAAAUAGUAAACGUGUGCUUUACUCUAAAAUCAUGAAGUAGACUGUUGAAUCAUUACUGGUAAUGUAGUGUGCUGCGUGUGCGUCAUGGAAACUUUUGCUGUAACUCUCAUACAAACACACGGACACACAAAUAAUGUAGUCUGAGUAAGCACUCGUCGGUAUAAGUAAUAAGCCAGUCAAUCGGAAAGCCAUGUUUAGAUUAGAUGGUGCACACUACAUCCACAUCCUCUUUAUCUUAACAUCGUUAUUUAACUAAAACCUAUAACUUGAAUCGUGAGCUCGGAAAAAAAAAAGUGCGUCCACGUCUCUCCGUAUCUGUUUACGUGCACAUGAUUAAUGCAUUUUAAUAUGAGCCAGGAAAUCCUGUUGUGGAAUAACUCUUGAAAGUGGGAACUGGAGCAAAGAGACAAGGAACAUGAGAAGGCUCAACAUGUGCCAAAAAACUCUGAAACCUAAAGAGGAAUGCCUGAUUUGUCCUUUUCUCCUACUGCCUCCAGAUGUCUCAAAAAAGGGAAAAAAAUAAAC